AUGAAGGAAUCAUCGGAAGAUGACAGCAGCAAUGAAGAAGUUAUACCCAUUCCAGUGCAAAUUUUUCUCUGGAGACAAACAACACCAUUUGUCCGACCCAGACUUGGAAAAGUUCACGAUGCAUCAUGUAUGUUCUGCCAACGAGCCCCGGGCCAUCACGAGCUAAAAGAAGCUUGUAAGUCAUUUGAAAAAGUACUGGUGCAAAAUCUACGCUUUGGGCUCUCUAUCAGCCUUACUGAUGCAAUAGAGUCAAUCCCAAGAUGGCGUCUUAUACAGGCAGCACUACCACAUGUGAUGCAUUCACUAGCUGCAUUGUUAAACAACAGAAUAAAAGACAACAUGCAAUCACUGGGAAAUGUAGAGACAAAACUUCUUUACACAUUACACUGGAUCCUCCUUGAUGCUUCUGAUGAGUGUGCGGAUAAUGAUUAUGAGAAUGACAAAUUCUGUUCUAAUCCAUUUUAUUAUUUAUUCUCAAUACCUACUAUGACACUUUUUGUAUUCCUCUUUGCGCCAAUAUCACAUCAUUUAAAGGAAUCUGAUUUUACAAACAAUUAUCGGUUGGAAAAUGGCUUGAAAAUGUGGCAGGCGUUGUGGGAAUUUCGGCAUCCUGAUGCAGCAUGUUUUACUACAUUGGUAAAGCCUAAGCCAAGACCUCUUGGAGGGAAAUUUUCUAAGAGAUCUCGACAUGGAGAUGUGUUUUUAGGCCGUAAAUUUUCUAAAGAAGAAGGCCCAAAUACUGGAAGUCCACCAAGUCAAAACGUGUCAGUGUCUCAGUCUGACAUCCCUUCAAAACAAGCCAGCACUGAGGAAGAGCCGUGGCUGUCUUCACCUAAAGAUACAAUAUUUCCGGAAACAAUUCCUGAAGAGAGCUCUAGUACUGAAGAGGAACAUGUUUUUAUAUAUCGUCUACCCUCAGAACAAAAUUACAGUGGGCCAUAUAAGGAAGUCUAUACAGUUUAUGCAGCAGACCCCAGCUUAUUUCAAGCUAGAAAACCUGACAACAUUAAACCAAACUUACCUGGAAUAAAACCAUUGCCUCAAAUCACAAAAAUGAGUUCAUCAGACAAAGAUUCGCUAUCGGAUAGCGUUGGAGGUUGUCAAGGCAUUAAGGAGACACUCACAUCUACUGAGAAAAUGCAUGCGGGAAAACAAGAUCAUGUGUCAGCUGCAACUUUUUUAGAUGUGGCCACUUUGAGAUGUCUAUUUACAUCCCAGUGGCAAGAAGAAGGUGUAUAUUGGGCUUUAUAUUAUCUUUACAACAGAUUACGCGACAUCUGUGACGAUAUGUCUAAGCAGAGUCACCCAAGAAAAAGGAGUAAUUCUUUACCCAUUCCGAAAAUAGAAGUAUCAAUCUACCAGAGUCCAGAUAUAAAGGAACACGAUUCGUUAAAAAAUUUCAUGGAAGUCCCCGACUCUAAAGACAUAUCUCCUGUGACAGAAAUACCGCUAUCAUCGGUACCAAAAAUCGACGAAGAUAACUUAAUAACUAGAAGAGCAAGCGAAAAAGUGAAACGAAAAAUGAAAAUGGCAGACUUAAAAGCUUUUGUCGAAACUAAACUGCUUUCCAAAUCCGAGAAAGCUUUAGAAAAAAUCGGCCAUGACGAUCAAAAAUUUAGUUUCCCUACAGCAGAAUAUCAUAGAAGCUUAGACAACAAUGACGAGCGUCCCAAUUCAGCUUUAGCUAGUAAUUUUCCCGCCAUAACGCCGCGACUCACAGGAGAUUUACUUCCAUGUAAUCUCAUUAAAGGGAAAAGUAUGCCAAGUUUAAGCUGUUUGAUUGAUGAGUUAGCGUCGAAUGGAUAUAUCGGCGAAGUAAAGACUGAGCGCGCUCAUGGUCAGACAACUGCAACGCAAUCGAACGUACACAAGAAAACGAACCCAAUUAUAACCGUCACUGAACACACGCCUACUCCAUCUCCUGAUUAUCUUUCUAAAACAAGACAAGGUUCAAUGGAGUCGCAACUAGACUCUGUAAGUAUGCAAGGCUCACAACACAUUCCAACUCCAGAACGCAAGCCCAGCUUGACGCGUUCACAGACCGAUUCUAACAUCACUUAUAUCGUAGAAGAGAUUCAGGAAGCAUCCGGGUCUAAAUAUUACAUCACUAAAGACGGGGAUAUUGAUUUUCAAAUUGUUCUAAAGGCAGUAUACUCCGUGUCUACUAUGGAUAGUUUGUAUAUAACGGUCAGAGUAAUGGAAGUCAUGUUGAACCUGGUUGACACGCUAAUGGAAAUCGGAAUCCACAAGAAUUGGCAGACAGACACUACGAAAGAUAUUCAACCAGAAACAGUUGAUCCCUUAGCUGAUUUCAAUAAAGACAAAGAGAGCAAAGAAAGAGAUUCCGGUAUACCGUGCGCCCAAAGCCAAGAAUCAACUAAUGUUGAAGGAGGCGAUAGCAAAGAUGGAGCAAAAGACGAUGAAAACUUAGACUGUCCUUAUUAUAUGAUAAUGCAUAUUAUUCUUAGGCUGCUUAGACAACUAGGUUGUUCUCAUGGAUGCACAUCGUCACUGCGAGGCCCUCAAGCCGAAUGCCUUAGGGUACAAGCCCGUAACUCACUCCGCCAACUGAGAUCUGCAUCCGUUACAAAAUUUAACCUACGCAUUAAAGAAAUGACAAAAUUUGCACCGAUCAGAGAAGUGCUUGAUAAUCUCCACGCAACAAUAGGCUUUUGUGCUGAACCUUCCAACAUGGUAUCGCCUAUGAAUCAGCAAAAGCGCAGCUACGCAAAGUCCCCUGAUAUAAGCCACCUGCAGGCCGGCUAUGCAACUAACUUUGGUGUUGGACAAGGCACAAAUACUAACAGAGCUAUCGAAAAUUUCAUCAUAGAAGCUACGUUCAGAGAACUAAUUACUAGAUUUGCAUUGAUGCAUAAGGAGCUGAAACUACUGGAUAAUUCUGCUCUUUAUAUGGAAGUCCGCGUCUUACUAAGCUAUGUGAAAGAAGCUCAUGGAAGCGAAUUCCGCCUGGUAGCCUUAAGUGCAUUAUUAGAUACAGCCGAGAGACCAGAUAGUCAACAAAAAGAUGCCAAUAUGCAGACAACAAGAGUUAUAAGGCAUAUCCCAAGAACGCAGGAGGACGAACGCGGCUCGGACACGGGGGCUGACUCGGGCUGCGCGGCCGACGACCGCAGUCACAAGAAAUUCACGUUCAAGAAGCGAAGCACUUCAUCUACCGGCGCACAUAGCCUCCUGGACACGGAGGCGGGUGAGGAGUCGGCGAGCCAGUCGCCGCUGUCGGUGCGCACGCGGCGCUACCAGCUGACGCCGCGCCAGUCGGAGCGCACCAUCCCCUCCGCCGCCGAGCUCGCGCCGCACCACGCCGCGCCGCACAAGGCCACGCACUCCCGGUUCCACAUCAGCGGCAUAGUGAAGUGGUUCCGCGCGCGGCCGCAGCCGGCUCCGCUGGCGCGCAACGGUGGCGGUUCCGGCGAGUCGCUGCCGCAGUUCGGCAGCGUGGUGUCGCUGGCGCGCCCGCAGCUCGCCGCACGCCCCGUGCACGUGAAGCGCCGCGUCGGACACACGCUGCACAGCGUGGUGUCGCUGGCGUGCCCGCAGCUCGCCGCACGCCCCGUGCACGUGAAGCGUCGCGUCGGACACACGCUGCACAGGGCGAGAAAACGAGUUGAAGACAGAUUAAAUAGAUUUGGCCUUCGAAAAAUGGGAAAGAAAAGAGAUGGAAGCGUAGAAGAAACUUCUGGAGGAUUGACGUCGCGGCGCGGGUCGGGCGAGGGCGGGUCGGGCGGCGGCGAGUCGGAGGUGGUGGUGCUGAAGCGGCGGCGGCUGGUGUGCGCAGCGCCGCUGCACGCCGGCCUGGCGCGCCUCGCCUUCCUGCUCGACGCGACGCAGCCCGGCGCCACGCCCGACGCGCUCUUCAUGCAGGCGCUGCUCGACCUCCCUUAUACCGUCGUCGUGGCACGUGCUGCUGUCCUACUGGAAUGCGCUCAUCUAGUGCACAAUUGUAAUAAGGGUCAGUGGCCCAAUUGGCUGAAAUCUAAUGUGAUCAAAAAUUCUCUGUCAGCAAGUCCACAGCUAAGAAGACGUCUCGCCGGAAAACUUUUUUACCAAUGGGCGGAAGCUAUUGGAAACAGAUUAGAGGAAAUGCUGGAAGAGGAUAAAAAACAUCUGGAUAAUGUCGUUUCUCUGGUAACGGACCCAGACGGCCAACGAGAACUAUUGCAACAGGAUGAAGAAGAGGAUUUCCUUGACGAAGCAAGCAUUCGCAUUCCUGGGAAGACAAUCGGUGCCGAAUGUCCCCGAGCUUUAAGACUAGUUGCUUGCACACUGCUGUUCGAAAUUACAGCUUUUCUUCGCGAAACUUACCAAAAUCUACCCAAAUCGAGUCGAUCUUCGUUGAAAGAACGUGGCCCUUGGGAUAGGGUGUACAGGGCUCUUAGCAGUCAACAGACAUUAGUGCCAGUCGAGGAGGCAAAUCGCCGAUGGAGCAUGGCACUGUCAAGUAUGGGGCACUCACAAGCGUCGGCGCAGAGUCUGCAAUCUAUUGCCGGUGCGGAAACUGAAAGGAAAAUUUCUUUCGUCCUGCACGAACCUGAAAACGUCUCCGGGGAAAGCAAUGUUACCUUAGCGGACGCGAUACCGAGUACAAUGGUGGAUGAGAAGAAAGGUCGCCUCGGAUCCCGCGGUAAGGGAAUGCACCGGCGCAAUACGCAGCAAACGCACUCCGCGUACGGCUCCUUCAAAAGGCGCUCCAUCAAACUGCGACAGAAAGAUACGCGCGAAGUAGAUGACUUCAUAACACGCAGAUCGGAUUCAAUACAAAGUCGCAGGAAGGUUUCUUCGCUCUCCGAUAGAAGCGAUACUUCUGAAAUUUUUCCUGGUACAGGCACAGUGAUAAUGCCUAGCGAGAUGGACAGCGGCGGCGAAGAGAGCCCCGGCGUGCUGUCGGACGAGCACGAUCACCCGCCCGACAGCCCCGACAGCAACUCCACUGACCCCCCGGACAGCAGCAAGGGAUUCCCUUGGCUCAAGGUUAUGGUGAAAUUUUUAAAUUCCUUCAACUACGUGUGCUGCCAUCAGAACUUUUGCCAUCCCUAUUGCUUCCGUCGAAAUAUGCGAGCUACCGUUCGACUCAUGAAAUCCGUACAAAAGAUCUACGGAGAAAAGUUUGGCCCGGAAAUAAGCACGCAGACUUCUGAAGAGGGGUCUGGUGGAACGAGAAGGGGAAGGCGAACACGCAAGCCCUCCGAGCAUACCAGCGAUAGGAUCGAUCGGUCCAUGAUCGAGUCGGCAGGGUUAGCCUAUCGAGCGGCUGGCGUGGAGCACUCGCUGCCGCACAGCGAAGCUCCGCCCGUUACGAAGCCGGCCACUAUACCCUACCCACCCACCGAACCUCCCGCUAUACUCAAGUACCUUAAAGGACAGGUUCGUGAGGCAUAUCACAUGCCGCUGGCAACACUGAUCAAAGGCGCCACAACGAUGAGCGAGGAUAUGUUCGCGGAGGUAGCUCCAGUGGCGUGGAAUCUGCUGUUGGAGGCUGAUCGCGAGUUGAGUGCGUGUGCGGCUGCCACGUUUAUCCUGGCAGCCGUGCGGGCGCCGCACGCCGCCUCGCACAUGAUGCACUCCGACCUCAAGCACGCGGAUCCGGCGGUUAGAAUCAAUGCUAUUUUGCGUUUCCAAGUGAUGUGGAAAUUACGCUAUCAAGUAUGGCCGCGUAUGGAGGAAGGUGCAUCUGUGACGUUCAAAGUACCUCCCCCGGGCAUUGAAUUCACUCUUCCUUCACCAAAGAUAGGCAUCGAAUCAUUGGCCGUCGUGGACCCACCUUGGAGCCCACAAGUCAAGGAUAAAGAUAUGGAAAUGACGCUCAAUCAGGAGCGGCACCGUUCAUUAGUGACUGCCACAAAGACCCGCAAAAAACAACAAACUGAGGCCAUUAAACGAGCACUGCAGCAGCGCAACGACAAGAAGAAAGCGGAACGAGAAAGCUUCCUCAUCACCACCAUACCGAUAACGAGACAGGCGGCUCGUGAACCAGUGCUAGAUCAUGCAGCCGAUGAUCAUAUUGAGCCGGCGGCGGACGAGGAGGCGGCGGAGGGUGUGCGCGCGCACCACACGGCGGUGGCGGCGGCGCUGUUCCCGUCCGCGCUGUGCUCCGCCGUGGCCGAGCUCGUGGCGCUGCUGGACGACGCCGCCGUCUCGCGCGACGGCUGCUCCGUCUACGAAGUCGCCUAUCAGUGUAUUUGGGGAUGCCUCGUAGAAGACUCGGCAUUAUUCCUUCGCCACGUGCUGGAACGCCUCACUCGAGAUCACCAAGACGAGAUGUUUAAGCUGCUGCGUCACCUCAUCCGCUUCAUUCCUCGCUUGCCGCAACAAGCAGCGUUUGCUUUAUACAACUAUAUCAUUGGCUACGUCAUGUUCUACGUGCGAACACCGCACGAACAUGGUCAAAGACUAAUUGGAGCUGCUCUAUCUAUAUUAUGGAUGGUGGUUCAUAGCGUACAUGGGAUUAUGUUCAAAGAUCUUAAACAGAUACUGCGUAAAGAACAAUGUGAUGCAUCAAUUUUACUCACAGCUAAUGUGCCCGCUGCAAAGAAAAUUAUCGUGCAUGGACCAUCUGAUAACGAAGGCAGCAUACCGUCACAGUUCCCAGUCCAGGAAGACACGCAGUUCUGUCAGAUUUUAAGAGAAUCACUUGAUUUCUUUAGUAUUCCAGAGCGUUUGCACAAUGAGUACUUCUUAGUCGACUUUAAAACUCGUCAAAUCCACAAUCCUCAAAGCUACGUACGAGACCAUUAUUUCUUCAAACGUUCCCAGUACCCGCAAUUAGGACUAGUGCACAUGGAACCAGAGGAAGCUUUUCAUAAAUUACAGCAACAGGAAUUGCUGCAGAAAUUUGUGGAGAUAGGCAAGGUGCUACUUACUUGGGCAAUACUUAAAAACGUGGACAUGGUGGUUCAAAGAGUGGUAUUUCUCCACGAUGAGCUAAUGAAACUGCCAUCGUUCCCUCGCAAGGCUUUGGAAGCUGACCUGGAUUUAUACAGUCGAGGAGAACUGGGCCCUACUCUCCUUGGACUUGACGUAUUACAUAAAUUCAUGUGGGUUCGCCUCAUAGCUCGAAUGUUCGAGGCCAUGGCAGGUAACUUCACGUCUUCAAGAGACAUUCAUUUGUUCCUCAACGUUCUCAAUGGCGCAUUGAUGCUUCACAGCGAGGAUUCGCUUAUACUCCGAUAUGUGAUCGCUACUUAUGUUAACGCCGCGUUCAAUUUUAAAAGUAUAUUUUCUACUAAUGGAUACCUCUUGAUAAUGCCAACGUUACUACAGAUAUAUUCAAACUUCCAAACAAAUAAGCUGGUUACAACCACAAUAGAAUACGCAGUUAAACAAUUCUAUCUUUUAAAUAGGAAACCGUUCAUUUUACAAAUGUUUGGCUCAGUGUCUGCUAUUCUAGAUACAGACGAAGAAGCGGUGUACGGUGAUGCGAGUAAAGUCCAAUCCAGCUGUCUUUUCAACUUGCUACUAAGCCUGGAAACUCCAUCCCCCGACCCGCUGCACAUAGCUGAGCUGAUUAAGGAGGAGAAGCCGCUGAAGCCGAUCGACUUCUGCUACCGCGACGAGGACGAAAUGGUCGACGUGUUGGAUUGCAUCUGCCUAUGUGUCAUGGUAGUGUCGUAUGCGGCUGAGAGCAUGCGCGGUUAUCAGAUGCUUAUAAUAUUGGAGGCCAUACUUCCAUGUUACGUAAAACAGAUACAGCUACCUACUUACAACAAAGAAGGUAAAACUGAAAAGGAGAUCAUACAACAGUUGGCCAUAGCGAUAAAGACACUCGUUAAUAACUGCGAGGGUUUGUCGAAAUCGUACAACGGGCCGUACCGCACGUCGCCGGAGCACAAGGGGUCGUCGCAGCGCGGAUGUGCGCGGUCAGGCGGCGGCAGCGCGUUCGUGCCGCUCGAGCUGCUUGAGGACGAGUCGCACUCGCGCUACGUCAGCGAUCACGCACGCCCGCCGCCCGCCGCCGAUGCGGAGGACUCCGAGCUGGUGCGCGCGGAGUACCGGCGGCCGCGAGACGUGCUGCUGUCGCUGGUGGGCGAGUUCAUCGGGCGCGCCAGCGCGCGCCUGCUCGAGCUCAACGGCUCCAAGGGCAGCGGCGGGAGCGGCGGCAGCGAGGGCAAGCCCGUCGACCUGCUCGACUCCAAGUCGCACGCCCGUCUGGCAGAAAUAGCACACUCCUUGCUUAAAGUAUCCCCAUACGAUCCCGAGUCGAUGGGCUGCCGUGGUCUACAGCGUUACAUGACACUGGUGCUACCCGCUGGAGAAUGGGCGGAAAUGGAUUUACGACCUUCACUUAUAAUGAUACUCCGGCGCCUCGAUAAAGUAUUCUUGAAGAUCGCGAAGAAGCCUAGUAUACGGAGAAAUACAGACUGGGAUUCAGCAGCUGUGCUCCUAAAAGGCGUCUACGAAACGAUGAUCAGGUGCCCUUACAUUAUGCACUGGCAACAAGUGAAGACUCUUCUCAAUACUGUACAAGCGUUGAUAGUGUCGGAUAACAACUCAGGCGAGAACCUGUCGUCGGCGACGGCGGCACUGAUGUCGCAGCCGCCGCCGCCGCACUUCUGCAGCACCGUCGUGCGCCUCAUCGCCCUGCAGGUCAUCAACACAGGCGUGAGUACACACGCACCACUGCACACACUUACAACUACCCUCAACAACAUACGGAUGUCGCAGCCGCCGCCGCCGCACUUCUGCAGCACCGCCGUGCGCCUCAUCGCCCUGCAGGUCAACAACAUAGGCGUGAGUACACACGCACCACUGCACACACUUACAACUACCCUCAACAACAUACGGAUGUCGCAGCCGACGCCGCCGCACUUCUGCAGCACCGUCGUGCGCCUCAUCGCCCUGCAGGUCAUCAACACAGGCGUGAGUACACACGCACCACUGCACACACUUACAACUACCCUCAACAACAUACGGACGUCGCAGCCGACGCCGCCGCACUUCUGCAGCACCGUCGUGCGCCUCAUCGCCCUGCAGGUCAACAGCACCGGCGUGAGUACGCACGCACCACUGCACACACUUACAACUACCCUCAACAGCAUACGGAUGUCGCAGCCGCCGCCGCCGCACUUCUGCAGCACCGUCGUGCGCCUCAUCGCCCUGCAGGUCAACAACACCGGCGUGGGUACACACGCACCACUGCACACACUUACAACUACCCUCAACAACAUACGGAUGUCGCAGCCGCCGCCGCCGCACUUCUGCAGCACCGUCGUGCGCCUCAUCGCCCUGCAGGUCAACAACACCGGCGUGAGUACACACGCACCACUGCACACACUUACAACUACCCUCAACAACAUACGGAUGUCGCAGCCGCCGCCGCCGCACUUCUGCAGCACCGUCGUGCGCCUCAUCGCCCUGCAGGUCAAGAACACCGGCGUGAGAACACACGCACCACUGCACACACUUACAACUACCCUCAACAACAUACGGAUGUCGCAGCCGCCGCCGCCGGACUUCUGCAGCACCGUCGUGCGCCUCAUCGCCCUGCAGGUCAACAACACCGGCGUGAGUACACACGCACCACUGCACACACUUACAACUACCCUCAACAACAUACGGAUGUCGCAGCCGCCGGCGCCGCACUUCUGCAGCACCGUCGUGCGCCUCAUCGCCCUGCAGGUCAACAACACCGGCGUGAGUACACACGCACCACUGCACACACUUACAACUACCCUCAACAACAUACGGAUGUCGCAGCCGCCGCCGCCGCACUUCUGCAGCACCGUCGUGCGCCUCAUCGCCCUGCAGGUCAACAACACCGGCGUGAGUACACACGCACCACUGCACACACUUACAACUACCCUCAACAACAUACGGAUGUCGCAGCCGCCGCCGCCGCACUUCUGCAGCACCGUCGUGCGCCUCAUCGCCCUGCAGAUCAACAACACCGGCGUGAGUACACACGCACCACUGCACACACUUACAACUACCCUCAACAAGCCCCAUACGGAUGUCGCAGCCGCCGCCGCCGCACUUCUGCAGCACCGUCGUGCGCCUCAUCGCCCUGCAGGUCAACAACACCGGCGUGAGUACACACGCACCACUGCACACACUUACAACUACCCUCAACAAAACCGCCGCCAUACGGAUGUCGCAGCCGCCGCCGCCGCACUUCUGCAGCACCGUCGUGCGCCUCAUCGCCCUGCAGGUCAACAACACCGGCCCGCCGCCGCCGCACUUCUGCAGCACCGUCGUGCGCCUCAUCGCCCUGCAGGUCAUCAACACCGGCGUGAGUACACAAGCACCACUGCACACACUUACAACUACCCUCAACAAAGGAUGUGGCGCCCCAUACGGAUGUCGCAGCCGCCGCCGCCGCACUUCUGUAGCACCGUCGUGCGCCUCAUCGCCCUGCAGGUCAACAACACCGGCGAUAGUUACUCAUUAGAACAAAUGUGCGGCGGCACAGCAAUAUUCCCUUCCGCGGAGAAGACUGAGAACAUGCUAAUGAACCUCUUGAUGCCGCUCUGUUUACGGGUUGGCAGUGGGAGGAAAGACGUGCCGCCGCUCAGGCAGUCGGACGUGUCGUACGUGGUGUCGGUGGUGCUGAGCGCGCUAUGCCCGCCCGCACCACCCGGCCAGCUGGCCGCCGUCAACGCCAAGCUCAACGCGGCCGACGCGCGCGCCAGCUCGCUCACCUUCACCGGCAGCCGCGACAUCCGUAACACCACGCGCCUCUCCAACCAACUCUACAGGAUUGCCUUCCUCGCUCUCAAAGUGUUGUGCGCGUGCUUUACAAGCGAGCUGUGCUCGGAGUGGGGCCGCAUCGCACGAGCCAUGCGUGAGCUGGGCCGGCGCAAUGAGGCCGCGCACCACCUGUGGGACUUCCUGGAACACGUGGUCACGUACCGCACGCCGCUCUACGUGCUGCUGCAGCCCUUUAUUGUGCAUAAGCUGUCGCAGCCGGCGAUCGGUGACCACGAGCGGCACAUGCAGUUCGUGGUGCGCGAGCGCGCGCGCGGGCUAAAGCUGCCGGCCGGGCGCGCGCGCGGCGCACUGCUGGCUGAGCUGGCGCGUGACCUGCGUGCGCUGCGCGACACUCACGACCACUACAAGUUCGAGCAAAUGGCGGAGAGCGUGUGCGCGGGCGCAGCGAGCGGCGGCAAACGGCUGUCGGAGGCCCUGGCGCGCGACAAGCAUCAGCAGCACCGGCCCUCGCUCAUCUCCAUGCUGGUGGGGCGCGCCGGCAUACCGCGCACGCCCGACCACCCCACCGCGCCGCUUGCCGCGCAGCGAGAAUCGGUUUCGAGCAGCUCCACUACGAGCCAGCAGAUACCGGCCUAUGACUUGCCGACCAACAACAGUGGCCGUCAGAGCGACACCAGCCACAAUAACGCCAGUAGCGUUAACUCACAAAUAGGCGUAUCGAAUAACUACGGCAAUGAACAGAAGCAGUCGGCUAGCACACCGUCAUACGCAAACACACAGACUAAACUACGCUUCGGGUCAUCUGUCGAGUUUAAACUUACUUCAGGAGAGACUGCAAUGACGCCGCUGUCACCACUAUCGCCAUGCGACGUAUCGUUUGAUGAAGGCGAUGAGCAGCGCCCACGCUUACAACGUUCGCACGGACCUUCCAAGAAGACCUUCAAAUUCCGACGCAGCCGACACGCUACCAGACCUGAUGGGUACCACGCGCGGCUGGAGUCGGACGAGUGCUCGUCCCCGGGCGCAGAGUACAUGGGGGGCGCGGGGGGCGCGGGGGUUGCUGGUAUCAUGGGGGGCCCCAGGCCCCUAUUGCAGCCCCCCGCCGCCACGCCGCUCGCCGACACCUCGUACGACAGCGAGAUCUCGCAGACCUCCUCCACCUCUGGAUACAGGGAAAGCUACAGCCUGCAGGCGUCGAUGUCGGAGUCGCCAGGCGGGUCGGUGCGCGCGGCGCUGGCGUCGCCCGAGGCACCGUCGCAGCGCACCGACUCCGCCACGCCGCAUGCCAGCCCCGACGCAUCUUUAAGUUGCGAAUCCGGGACAUCGUCGGCCGAACGUACAGCAUUAUUGGGCGCUGCCAGUCAGCGCUCACUUUUGUUAAGCAGCGAACUACGGGAUGAAGAUACAUUGUUAUAA